AUGACAGAUCCACCUGUUGAGAUAAUGCUUUCAAACAUAUCAUCAGAAUUGUUACGUGUGUUGUCUGGGAAUGAUGAUGAUGAAUUGUUUAGGACACUGAGGGAGAAGGCUGAUGCUAUUGGCCAGAAUAAGAAGAAGCUACUUGAGUUGGAAGAUUGGCUCAUGAAUAUGAUAUCACAAGCUUCAGCCAAGGGGUCGUCAUUUGGCAAGAUUUUGUACCCCGAGAUAUCGCAGUACGCUCGGAACAUCAAGUCAAAUGUUGACAUGGGGAAUUGGAAUCAUUACAACAUAUAUAAAGGUGCACAAUGUCAAAGCGGCAUGCCUAUUGUCGGUAUAAAAACGAAUAAUAUAAAUGAAUGCAUAGUAGAUGAUAGUUUAAAUAAUGUAGUUGAUUAUAAAACUAGUGGUUCAUCGCCUGAAAACAUAGCAAUGCAGAUAAAUAAUAAAAUUGCUAGGUUCCAAAACCUUUUCAUUAAGUUUGCCAGGAAGGCUAACAAAGACUUCCAAAUCACACCUGUGCACGAAUCAGCUUCGAAUGACUUAUGUGUAUACGGGCGUAUUUGGUGUGAAAGUGAAAUUCAAAUUAACGAACAUAACAUACUAAUAGAAGGAGACUAUAGUAAUAGCAAAGGCAAAAUUGCUCAGGUUAGAAAUAUCGAAAAUAUGCCCUGCAUUUGCCUAUUUCCAGGGCAGAUGGUUGCAAUCAAGGGGAAUGCCAUACAAGAUGACUUCAGUUUUAGGUAUAUGGCUAGUAAUAUUUACACUGGAAUUCCUGCUGAAAGACCGUUAUUACAUAGACCAAAAGAGACAUCUUUGAUGUAUGGAGGGGAAAAUGUGCAUAUAAUGGUUGUACGUUCCCUUUUAAUAACUGAGAAUGGAGAUAAGGUGGAUUUCAAUGGUGUAUUUAAGAAGAUAAAAGACGAAGCGCCGCACUUGGUUAUAUUCAUGGGUCCAUUUGUCUCCGCAAGAAUAAUAUCAUUUCAGUCACAGAAUUUUAAAGAACUUGGAGAUUUAAUUUCUAUAUAUUAUAAAUUCAUCGAGGAGAUCAAUACGUUAUCACUACACUCAAAUACCAAAAACACAAAAUUUGUACUAAUUUCUCAUAGUUAUGAUUUGUGUUCAACGCAUCCAUUACCCCAACCUCCACUUAAUUCUAAAAGUACAGCUUUGGCGAAUUUGAUCACAUCAGACAAUUUAAUAUAUUUACCAAACCCGGGUUACCUGAGGGUUAAUGAAGUUAUCAUAGGCAUAACGUCUUGCGACCCAAUCACUAGUAUAUCAAGAAAUAUGGUUUGCAGGCCUGAAGAUAAAGCCCUCAAUUUAAUAUGCCAGCAAUUACUCCAACAGCGAUCAUUCUUUCCUAAUUACCCUUCUUCAAAGUUGCCUUCUGAAUACGCUAUCGAAGUGAACAAGUUAAGACAUUUGGAAUUCCCCUCGCAAUAUCUCCCACAUCUAUACUUAUUCUCAUCCAACUACAAAAAGGAUCCAUUUGUUGAAAUUGUUUCUGAACGUUGCUUCGUUUCAGUUUUUUCUCAGUCACAAGAUUCAUGGAGUGAUUCGAAAACAUGUUCCGUGGCUUCGAUAUUUAUAUUGCCGCCUAAAAUUGUGGAUGACAACAACGAAGAAACUAGUCUGCUGUUGAGUGACAGGUUGAUUGUGGAGGCGGGGUUAUUCGUAAAGUAA